AUGACACAGGAAUAUACAGAAAAACAAAUUGAAGGACUUCGAAAAAUUCAACGACUAUGGCGUCGCUAUAUUGAUGUGCAAGUGUUUCGUUUCUAUCGUGAUCUAAUUCAUUUUCAUAAUAAUGGUGAUCCACAAAUUUUAAUGCGUACAAUAAAUCCAACAGAAUCAAAAUACAUAGAUUCGGCAGCUGGUGUUCGUAUACGUUUUCGUUUAGCUGGCGAACGUUUUCCACCGACAAUUUAUUAUAAAAUUUUUACAAAUAGACCUGUUCAAGAUAUAUGUGCUAAUGCUCCAAGAGAUUAUACUCGUCCUUAUUUAAGAUUAAAAAGUGCAGUUGAUUCGAAUAAUAAAUUAAAUCGUUUUCCACAACAAGAUCAAGAAGGAUGGUAUCGUCGAAUAGAAAAUAAUGGUUGGAGACCAGUUGCUUAUACACAUUUAUUACAAGUUAAUAUGGAUCAAUAUUUUGGUUCAUAUGAUUCAAAAAAACCUAUCCCAUUUUCACAUUCAAAAAUGCAGCGACGACAAGAUGUUGAACAAAGGCGAAAACAAAAAAAAUUAGAAUGGCUUAAAAAAAUGUAUAAAGCUGGUAUGCUUAACGCCGAUAAAAACGAUGAACUGAAAGAGAAUGAAAAUGAAAAAGAAAUGUCUCGACUUAUCAAUGAAACAACAACAAGUAUAUUAAGAAUAUAUAAUGCAUAUGGUGCAGAAGCUGUUGAAGAUUGGGAAGUUAAUGAAUUACUUGAAUGGACACAUAAUCUUAAUUAUGAUGAAUAUUUACUUGAUUGGAGAACAAUUGGUACAAGUGGUUCAUCGAAUAUUAUUUUUGAUAAAUCUGUUCGAUAUCAACAAAUUCGUGAUAUUGAUGAUCGAACAAACUCAAGUUUAACUGAAUCAAGACAUGUAUCAAUGCAAGCAAAUGUACCAACUAAUGGUUCAUUACGUAUUUUACCUAUGGUCGAAGGUGAACCAAGUUUUGAACGUGCAACAACAACUGCUCUUUCUCAACCGGAUAGUGAGCAUAAAACAUGA